AUGUCUCAAUCCCUCAGGCCGUACCUCCAGGCCGUCCGCAGCAGCCUGACAGCCGCCCUCUGCCUGUCCAACUUCGCAUCCCAGACCGCCGAGCGGCACAAUGUUCCCGAAGUCGAAGCCCGGACGUCUCCAGAGGUCCUUCUGGCACCAUUGACGAUCGCCCGAAACGAGAACGAGCGAGUGCUCAUCGAGCCCAGCAUCAACAGCGUGCGCAUCAGCAUCAAGAUCAAGCAGGCCGACGAGAUCGAGCAUAUCCUGGUCCACAAGUUCACCCGCUUCUUGGAACAGCGCGCCGAGUCUUUCUUCAUCCUGAGGCGGAAACCCAUCAAGGGAUAUGACAUCUCGUUCUUGAUUACGAACUUCCACACGGAAGAAAUGUUGAAGCACAAGCUGGUGGAUUUCAUAAUCCAAUUCAUGGAGGAGGUUGACAAGGAGAUUUCGGAGAUGAAGCUAUUCGUGAGCAACACAUCGGCCCCGCCGUCUCCCCACCGUCUAACGCUACGCAGUUGA